GCCGCCAGACAGCAGACAGGAAACCAGAGACCCAGCUGCACAAAGAUGUUUCCACAGUCGAUCCGUCACUUUUCGUCAUCGGCCGCCGCCCAGAAGGUCGGAUGUUCGCAGGUCAAGCCUGUUCACCACAAGGUGAGAAUCAUCAAGAAGUUUCUUUCGCCACGGUUCCCAGAAUUGAAGCUGGAGCCACACGACAUCAGAUCUCCCAAGUUUAGACCGUAUCUGACCCACCAGGACCGGGUGCAGGAGCACUACCACAACACGCUGGAGUCGGACCUCCUUUUGAUCAACUACAAGCACGGACAACAGCCUGUCUACGGAACCAAGAGAAGACAGUGGGACAUGAGCUCGCCAUACCACCUCAACAGACCGUUGAGAAAGCCAAAGGGCCAGAUCGUGCCUUCGCCAACCAUCGAGCCAAAGACGUACGAGAACGUGCCUAGACUCGAGGCAGUCACGUUGAACUGCUUUGUGAAGGACGCCAAGCUAUACCCAGCACAGGCCAUCUCUGCGGCGUUGCAGCUCCAGCAGAUAACGGGUGCCAAGCCACAGCCAAUCUUUGCGAAGACCAACGUGCCUAACUGGAAGCUCAGACCAGGUAUGAAGAUGGGCGCCAAGAUCACCCUCCACGGCCGAGACGCCUCGCAGUUCAUCUCCACCCUCACCGAAAUUGUCUUGCCAAGAACAAGGGAGUUCUACGGGAUCUCCAACAGGUCUGGUGACAGGUACGGAAACAUCGCUUUCGGGAUGACCGCCGAGCAGGUCAAACUCUUCCCGGAGAUCGAAAACAACCAGGACUCAUGGCCACAGAACUUUGGGUUUGACGUCACCCUCCACACCAGUGCCCAGACAGACGCUGACGCCAGAAUACUCCUAAGUGGUCUUGGUUUCCCCUUCACCGGUAACGAGAGAAUCCCAAAGACCCUUCUCAACGACACCGAGCAGCCCGAACCAGCUGCUGCAGCCUAAUCUUCCUCACGUUCUCUCACCUCCUCCUUCCCAUUACCACUUAGCUUACACUCCUGUAUAUAUCACACCCGUGUGUAAUCGUACAUCUCUAAUAGAUCAUCCCCUAAGGUAGACACGCAACAUGUCCUUAUCUUUGGUCCC